AUGUCAGAGAUAUUGAUCGAUGAGAAGGUGCUGGCAACAUGUAAAGGAAAAGUUGUGGUGAUCACAGGUGCCGCGAACGGAAUUGGAGCGGCAACUGUCUCCAGAUUCUUCCACAGCGGAGCGCAUGUAUUCUUCAGUGAUCGGGAUGAAAAGGGCGGCGGAGCUCUUGAAAAACACUUGCAGGAAUCUUUAGCACCUGGCGAUGGAACGUGCAAUUUCACACGAGUCGAUGCCCGCGACUACCAAGCACAACUUGCAUUAUUUGACACAGCAUACAAAGAGCAUGGUUGUGUCGAUAUGGCAGUGUAUAGCGCCGGGAUUAAUGAGAUGGCAGCAACUGGAAGUAUAGUUGCAGCUGAAAACAACUUGGAGACAGUCAAGGAAUAUCCUAAGCUCAUAAUGGACUUACUUGACAUCAAUCUCAACGGAUGUAUAUACUUUGCUCGCAUCGCUCUUGCCUAUUUACAUGCGGGCAGUGACAACUCACAGCUUCCAUCUAAGUGCCUCCUCACCUUGAUCUCCUCAGCGGCGGCGUUUCAAGAAGCACCCGGCAUGCCGGGAUAUGCUGCGAGCAAAGUCGGAAUACUCGGUUUGAUGCGAUCGAUUCGGAGUCUUGCACCGAAGAUGUGCAACACGCGUGUCAAUGUCAUUGCUCCCUGGGCCACGGAUACUGCCAUGGUCGAAGGUCACACUCGCCUCUUUACGGAAAACAACAUUCCGCUUCAAAGUCCAGAUGACGUGGCGGUCUUCACUCAGUAUGUCACGGCAGAUCCCGUGAUAAAUGGAAAGACUGUGUAUGUUGGAGCUGCGAGGGGUUUUGAUAUUGAAGAGGGUCUUGAUAGAACAUUGCCUCAAUGGCUGGGGCAAGUCAAUGCUGAUUUGUGGAAGCGACAAGCAAGAGCGUUUGCAAAGGGAGACUGGCUGCGAAGUGACAAGAUCGGUAAUGCUAGUCACUAA